AUGGAGCACGAGGAUCAGAUUGAGAAAAUCCUUGGUGGUCUUCCUGAUGAGUACAGUCGUGUUGUCGAUAAGCUUGAAGGACGUGAUCGGUCUCCCACUCUGGCUGAAGUUUACGAAAAGUUACUUCACCAUGAAGUUAAGCUCAAGAGCAUCACAAUGUCUUCACCAUCUCUACCGAUCACCGUGAAUGCAGUGAAUGUCCAUGGUCCGCAGUCUCGUGGACAAUCUCGCUACAACCAUCGUCAACAAAAAACUUCACAACAAUUUCAACUCCGCCAACACAACUCAGGUCUGCGUGGCUAUCAAGGCCGAUGUCAGAUUUGUGGCGUCUAUGGCCAUAGUGCACGCCGUUGUUCUCACUUCCAGGUCGCCGGUGGUCAAAUCACCAACACCACACCGUUCUCUGUUCCAUGGCAUCCUCGCGCGAACAUGGCUACUGCUACUCCUUGGAUUCUCGACUCGGGAGCCACCCACCAUCUCACCACCGACUUGAGCAAUCUUUCUCUUCAACAACCAUACAAUGGUGGUGAAGAGGUCACCAUUGCCGAAGGCACUGGUCUCCCUAUCUCCCAUAUGGGUUCAACCCUUCUCCCUACACCCUCUAAACCUCUUACUAUGAACGAUGUUCUAUAUGUUCCGAAUAUUGCCAAGAAUCUUAUUUCAGUAUACCGUUUGUGCAAUGCUAAUUGGGUUUCUAUGGAAUUUUUUCUGGCUUAUUUUCAGGUGAAGGAUCUCAAAACGGGGGUCCGGUUGCUUCAAGGGAGAACUAAGAAUGAGCUCUACGAGUGGCCAGCCCAAUGA